AUGAACACAUGGGAAACCAUUUCACUUUCUGCAGAAGACAGGCCCCUUCUCCCCACCCAGGGCCCCCUCAGCUCUUCACUUGAUGGCAGCUCAGAUGAGAAACCAACUAACCCACUGGCCACCCAGUCAGUUGACACUGUAACAGAGAAGAACAAAGCUGACUCCAUACUGGAUUUAUUUUUUAGUUCUAAUCUGGUGUUCUGUAGCCUGUGCUUUGUCAUGGUGGCUCUGCAUCUUUUGUUAGUAAUAAAAGAAUGUUGCCUACAGCCUGAAAUAUACAGGAUAGCCCAUUCUCAAGGCUCUGACCUUUAA